CUGUUUCCGGUGGGAGGCACUUGCCGUUUAAGCGCCAGAAUUUGAUGUCCCGCCUGUUUUUCAUCGGGUGUCUGACUGUAACUGUUAGUGUUAUUGUACAUUUCUGCAUUACUGCAUCAAGAUAAAAUGUCUCCAACAGCCAAGAGAGCCUGUCCCAGUCCUCUGAAUGACAGUCUGGAGAAAAGACUUAAACGCAUCUCAGUUGAAGGCAACAUUGCGGCGGGUAAAUCUACUUUUGUUCGUCUGCUGGAGGAACAUGAUAGAGAAUGGGAGGUAGUACCGGAACCCAUCGCUAGAUGGUGCAAUGUACAAACUCAUCAAAACGAGUAUGAGGAAUUGACCACCUCUCAGAAGAGUGGAGGAAACGUGCUGCAGAUGAUGUACGAGAAGCCAGAGCGCUGGGCGUACACCUUCCAGAGCUACGCCUGCAUGAGCCGCAUCCGCUCGCAGAUCAAAUCCACCGACGGCAAACUCCGAGAGGUGGAGAAUACCGUGCAGUUCUUCGAGCGAUCGGUGUACAGCGACAGGUACAUCUUUGCCUCUAACCUCUAUGAGAGUGAGUGUUUGAAUGAAACCGAGUGGGCGAUCUAUCAGGACUGGCACAGCUGGCUGCAUAAGCAGUUUGGGAAGCACAUUGAGCUGGACGGCAUCAUCUACCUACGGGCAAAACCAGAGAGGUGUUUGGAGCGAUUGCAUUUGAGAGGAAGAGACGAGGAACAGGGAAUUCCACUGGAAUAUCUGGAGAAACUCCACUAUAAACAUGAGUGCUGGUUACAGCACAGGACUAUGAGUAUGGACUUUGAGUAUCUGAAUGAAGUGCCGGUUCUUACCCUGGAUGUUGAUGACGAUUUUAAAGGCGACAAGGUCAAGUGUGCUGAUAUGAUCGAGAAGGUAAAGGAAUUUCUGAUCACCCUGUGAUUAUGAUGAGAAAUGGUCCUUGAUGGACAGAAUCAUUUAACAUGGUCUAUUUUUUCCAUUUUGAAACUUCUGUGUGAAUAAGUAGUCCAUUUAGUACUUAUCCAUGUUUUUAUUUAAAUUUGUUUUUAGUUUUAUGUCUUUAUGAAUUUAAUAAUAAAUAAUUAUUUUUAAAGAACAUAUAUAAAGAAUGCUCUCUUGUGAACGUCAAGGCUCCAUUUCUUUGAUCAAAAAUACGUUAAAAACAGUAAUAUUGUGAAAUAUUAUUACAAUUUAAAAGAACUGUUUUCUAUUUAAAUAUGUUAAAAUGUAAUUUAUUCCUGUGAUCUGAAUUUUCAGCAUCAUUACUCCAGUCUUCAAUGUCACAUGAUUCCUCAGAAAUCGUUCUAAUAUGCUGAUUUGAUGCUCAAGAAACAUUUCUCAUUAUCAAUAUUGAAAACAGUUGUGCUGCACAAUAUUUUGUUGAAACCAUGAUAAACUUUUUCAUGCUCCUUUGAUUAAUACGAAGUUCAAAAGAACAGCAUUUAUUUGAAUUUAACAUUAUAAAUGUAUUUACUGUCACUUUUUAUUGGUUUAAAACAUCCUUGCUGAAUAAAAGUAUUAAUUUCUU